AUGGCCGAAUCAGCGCAGACUAAAGCUGCUGACGAAGAAGCGGUGGGGACAUGUCCGAAAAAGGAAAGAAACUGGUACUACGUCUCUUCAACAAUUUCUAGUGGAAACCAGGAAACUGCUCGGGCCCCCGAUGCCUGCUUCAACACCACCAGCGGCUUCGUGACCGCCAUGCCAAACCCGCCCUACCACGUCUUCACCGGCUCCUGGCCCUCCCCCAGCGCCUGCGGCAUGUCCCUCUCCACCUCCGACACAGGCGCCCUCACCAAAAUCCUCUCCACCUGGACCUACACCAACGAAUCCGGCAUCCACGGCCUCGCCCUCUCCCCCCGCACCGCCCCUUCCAACACCAACGCCACCACCACCACCCCCCAACCCCAACCGCAACUCCUCUACUCAGCCGACCUCAACGGCGACCUCCUCUGGACCCACACCAUCAACCUCACCACCGGCGCGGCCACCGAAGUGGCACGCUUCCGCAUGCCCGGGGCCGCGGGCGCCCACCCGCGGCAUCUCGCCGCGCACCCCAACGGCUUGCGCCUGUACGCCGUCAUGGAGGCCGACAACACCGUGGCCGAGUACGUGCUGGACGCGGCCACGGGCGCCGUCACGAAGGAGGUCGUCCGCCAUAGCCUGCUGCCGAUCGAGGCCGAUACGGAGCGGUACUGGUCGGCGGAGGUGAUGCUGUCCGCGAGUGGGCGGUAUUUGUGGGCGUCGGCGAGGGCGAAGGAGGAGGUGGAUACGGGGUUUGUGGCGGUGUUUUUGGUGGGGGCGGAUGGGGGGAUUGUGAAGAAGAUGUUUAGGGUGCCGACGACGACGAGGGGGGGGAAGGCGAAUGCGGUGAGUCCGGCGUUUUGGGACGAUGAGUAUGCGGCGAUGACGGAUUAUGGGGAGGGGUAUGUGCUGAUGUGGAGGAUGGAGGGGAGGAGGGAGAGGGCGGAUGGGUUGGUUGAGUAUAGCACUGCGAGAGCGGUGGCAAAGGUGGAUGUCAAGGAUGGAGGGUGCUGUGCGAAUGCGAUUUGGUAUAGUUAG